AUGACAACAAUCAUUGAUUUGACCCAUGAUGGCACAGUACUUGAUGCAAUGGAAUCUACAUGUAAUGAUCUCCAUGCAUGGAAUCCCCAUCGAGAUGUGCUCUCAGAACUCUCCUCUAUUGCUUCCAUGCAGAGUGAGGUGUUGGACACUGCAGAACAGCAGCAGCAGAAACACCAGCAGUUGAGGGUCUACCUAAGGGUGAGGCCCUUUUCCAAGGAUGAGAUCUCCAGCAAUGAGGACCAGGGUUGUGUGGUUCUUGAGAAUGCCAGGACCGUAAUGCUGCAUGCGCCCAAAGGCUCUGCUACCAUGAAGAGCAGUGAGAAGGGCGUUGGCCAGGCGAUACACACAUUCUCAUUCUCUCAGAUCUUUGGGCCCGAGACGAAGCAGGCAGAUCUCUUCGAAGGCACCAUCAAAAGCCAAGUUCACGAUUAUCUGGAGGGGAAGAAUGCUCUAGUCUUCAGCUAUGGUGUGACCAAUGCAGGCAAGACCCACACAAUUCAAGGAUCCCAGAAAGACCCUGGUAUUCUCCCCCAGGCGUUGGAUGUCAUCUUCAGACACAUCAAAGGGAGACAGUAUGAGAACAUGGAUCUGAAGCCGUACCUCGGUAGCGCUGCUCAGUACCUAGGGCCUGACCAGGUCCAACAGGAACGAAACACCAAAGCAGCUAUAUUUGCUCUACUCAAAGAGGAAAAUGAACCCCCACGCGUCAGUGGCGUUUCAUCCCACACGUCCUCUACUGGAAGCCUCUCCUUCUCAGUCUCCUACGAUAACACAGUUGAGUUUGUGGCUGCGCCUGGCGAUCGGGACCGGAGCCAGUUCGCCCUGUGGGUGUCCUUCUACGAGAUCUACAACGAGAGCGUGUAUGACCUGCUGCAGGCGUCGCCCACCUCCAAGACAAAGAGACGCACAGCCCUCCGUGUGUGUGAGGACAGUGCGGGAAACUCGUAUGUCAGAGAUCUAAGGUGGAUCAAUGUUCACAACUCCGAGGAGGCAUGCAAAAUUCUCAGAGUUGGAAAUAAAAACCGAAGUGCUGCUUCCACUAAGAUGAACCAUUCAUCAAGCAGAAGCCACAGCAUAUUUACCAUAAAAUUACUGAGAAUUGAUGGAACUGAGGUUCAAGCGAUGUCAGAACUCUCUCUGUGUGACCUGGCUGGCUCGGAAAGAUGCGGAAAAACUAAGACAUUUGGGGAAAGGCUGAAGGAAGCAGGGAACAUCAACAACUCUCUGCUCAUCCUGGGGAAAUGCAUCGCUGCCCUGCGCAGCAAUCAGAGUGACAGGAUGAAAAACGGCUAUAUUCCCUUCAGGGAGAGCAAACUGACCCGUAUCUUCCAGUCCAUCUUCUGUGGGAAGGGCCGAGCCUCCAUGAUUGUGAACAUCAAUCAGUGUGCAUCCACAUAUGAUGAAACUCUCCAUGUCAUGAAGUUUUCUGCCAUCGCUAAGCAGGUGGUCCAGCUGAUCCCAACAAAGUGUCUAGAGUCUCUGACCCCGCGGCUGGUGGGGCGUGAUGGGAAGCCUCUACUGAAGAACGGGGUCAUCGACGACCAGGCUCUAGAGAACUACCUGUCUGAAGAAGAGCUGCUGGAUGAGGAUGAAGCAGACAUGUCUAUUUUACCCCAGGAGGAUCUCAUGAAUGUAAUCGAGAAUCUCAGGACCAAGCUCCUGGCUGAGCGACGGAAGAACUUGGUCCAGGAGAUUGACAUCCGCAAGGAGAUGGGAGACGCCAUGCUGCAGCAACUCAUGGAAAGCGAAGAACUCAGGAAUCGUCAGGUGGCUGAGCUGAAGGAGAGCUACCAGGAGAAGCUGGAGAACACAUUUGAGAUGUACAAGGAUGCCCUGAAGGACCAUGCCUACCAGAGGGCGCUGGAGCGCGUAGAGGAUGAUUACGUACCCCUUGAGGAGUUCAUCGCUGAGCAGGAGAAAGUAGAGGCACUAGAACAGAAGCUGUCUGAGAUGGAGCACAAGCUGUCAGGUUCCACAAUGGGUUCAUCUAUGGUUCCAACCAAAGAGAACUCGAGCCAGACAGAGAGCAUCUCACAACCACCACCUGUGGCUAUGCAGGAAGGGUUAACGGCUGUUUCCAAAGAUGCAGAGCAAUGCAAACUCCUUUUGAAAGAAAGUGCGAUGGAGAAACUCGGUGAGCAGAAAGAGCUGAUUGUGUCUUUGCAAAAAAGGAUUGCAGUUCUGAAUGAUGCACUACAUGAGGCCAGAGAACGCUUCUUUGAAAAAACGUCAGAAAUAGAUACUUUACAUAAGAAGCUAGCUGACCAGGCACAGGAUCUGGAGAGUAUAGGUAAGGGCAGUCUGGAGAAGGACAAAGAACUGGCAUUGUUAAAAGAAGAGCUGGCCAAGCUAUCCCAGAAGUCCCCUGUCCAGCCCAAGCGGGGUUUCAUGGCCAACAUUAGGGAAUCUGUGACGUCGCCACGAACAAGCACCAUUGCCAGGACACUGAGGAAAUCUGUCCGGACCACACCCUUGCUGAAAAGGCCCUUCCACUAA